AACUUUUAUUAAAGUUUUGUUUGACAUCACAAUUUUUCUAUCUUAAAUAGCAAAAAUUCUAGUUAUGUGCUCAAUACUAAACUUUUAGUAACAAUGUAAGUAUUAAAAGUAAAGUUAAUUUAAUUUUUUUUUGAAAGUUAGCACGAUUGCAACUCAAAAAAUCAAAAUCGCAACAGUUUUCUCAUCAAAAUUUGCCGUUUAGCCGUCUUUUGAGAUGUAUUCUCUGUGCUACAAACAAGAAAACGCUCAUGAUGACAGCAUUUGGAGUUGUACUUGGACUGCAAAAAAUGAUCAGCAAUACAUUGUCACUGGAUCAAUUAGUGAUCAUGUCAAAAUAUGGCAGUGGAAAGAUAAUCAGUUAGAGGUAAAACACAGUCUGGAAGGCCACCAAUUAGGAGUUGUAUCAGUUGAUGCCGACAGUUCAGGUGAGUUGGCCGCCUCAAGUAGCCUCAACAGUAAUAUUAGGAUUUGGGAGAUUGAAUCAGGAAAAUCUCUACAGUCUAUUGAUGCUGGACCAGUUGAUGCGUGGACGAUUAAAUUCUCUCCUGAUGGAAAGCACAUAGCCACUGGCACACACACAGGAAAGAUAAAUUUGUAUGCAGUUGAAUCUGGCCAAAAGGAGUCCCAGCUUGAUACAAAAGGAAAAUUUAUGCUUAGUGUUGCUUAUAGUCCAAAUGGUCAGUAUAUAGCGUGUGGAGCAAUUGAUGGAUUCAUAUAUGUCCUUGAUGUUCAAACUUCAAGAUUGUUACAUGCCUUGGAAGGCCACGCUAUGCCUGUUCGAGAUCUGACAUUUUCUAAGGACUCCACACAUCUAAUCACGGCCUCCGAUGAUAACUACAUCAAAGUUUAUGACGUACACCAAGCCACAGCCAUUUGUUCGUUGUCAGGACAUGGUUCUUGGGUAUUAGGAGUUGAUUUUUCCCCGGAUAAUAAUCAUUUUGCAUCUAGCUCAUCAGAUAGGACAGUUAAAAUAUGGGACUUGAAGAAUAGAGUUUGUGAGCAUACAUUUACAGACCACACUGACCAGGUGUGGAGUGUUCAUUACAACCAGAAAGGUGACCAGCUUGUUUCAGUUUCAGAAGAUAAAUCAAUUCUCAUAUACGACUGCCCCAUCUAACUUCGAGAGAGGCAAACCUACGCACUCACACACACACACAGACACAUACGCACGCACACACAAAAUAUAUCUGUACUGUUAUACACAUCUACAUUUUAUGACUAUAACCUACAAGUUAUGACUAUAAAAGGUAAUAUUGAUAUACAACAGAAAUAUGAUUAGAAUGAUGUUUAUUAGAAAAUCUAACACAAUGAACAUAUCUUGAAUUUUGAAAUUAUUUGGAGAUAGUGUAGAAAAAUUAAUACGUGAGAAUUGAAAAAGAACUAUAGUGCUUCAGCUAUUUUAAUUCAGGCUGAAAGUAUUACAGUGUUAAUGGUCAUAGUAAUUUUAUUUUAAAAGAUAUAAUUAUUUCAAAUUAUAUUAGUUGUGAGUAUAAUAUGUUUAAUAUUGCGCUGCUAAUAAAUAUAAUAUCAUAUGAUUAAUAAUUUUUACCUGAAUUCACUUUUAAAAACGUUCGCCAUUAAUAAACGAUGCCAGUUUCCUAUACAUUUCGCAUUAAAUUCCUUGCCUAAUUACUAUUUUACUUCCUAAUAAGAUAAAUAGUGACUAAAUAUAUAUAUACAUAUGUAUAUAUAUAUAUAUAAUUAUGUAUUUAUAUAAGAUUUAUAUAUUCCUUAAAUGCAUACAAUACUAUACUUCAUACUAGAUGAAUUGAGAUUGGCGAAGUAUAACACACAACCAGUAUGGUAGAUACAUUCAUUUUAGCAUAAUAUUUUACUUGCAUAAAUCGCAUAUAAUUCACAUAAGCGUGCUUGUAUAUGAUGUUGAAUAGAUAUAAUUACUAUAGAACUGUAUGUAUAUUAUAACAUCAUAUAAAAAAAAAUCAAUUUUUACAUAUUAGUCUGUACAUUAUAAUGUAUGUAAAUGCGGAUGUAUGUUAAUUAUAUUGAUAGUUUUAAAGAAAUAUGUAUGCACAUUGUAUGUAUGGUGUAUGUUGGCUGUAUGCGAUGUGUGUGUAAUUCUGUAUGUGAACUAUGUAUGCACUGAUGAUGUUUUUGUAUGUGUGUUUGUUAGUAGAUAAAUAAAUAUGAAAUGGUAUUUAA